GUAUGAAAUAUCAAAUAUUUUUAUAAAUUUCUUAAAUAAUUAAAGAAAUGAUCAAUUAUUUGAUAAAGUGAAGCAGAUCCAAGCAAAUGAAAUUUUUUAUUUGAAAUUUUUAAAAACUUGUUCUGGGACUCUGAAUUUUUUUAGUUUCUAUUUUCAAUCAGCUGUUGCGCACAUUGUUCAAGUCAACCGGUAGUUGAUGAAACAAUAACAAUAACAAACAUUAAGUCAAAAAGUUUUUUUAAAUUUUAAUUGACGUCUUCGGUAAUUUUGAAAGAUGGACAAGACGCCAGAUUCCGUUGAUUGGACUCCACUCAAAAAAUCCUUCGGCCCGAUGAUUGUCGAUUACUUGAGAGACAAUAAUUACAUUCCUAAGAAAUCUAAAUUCGGCGCAUAUGUUUUGCCGCAAAAUCACGAAUUUAUUCUCGAAGAAUGGGGUAAAUUUGAAAAAGGCUCUAAAAAGAAGCUCGACAAAAGUGAUCCGACAUCUGAAGACAUGUCGUAUCUCCCUCAAACCCACGAUCUGGAUAAGCAGGACAACUUUUGUCUCUUUGAUAAUUUCAGACGCUCAGUGAAUCUUGAAGAGUCCUUGGAAUCUGAACGAGACCGAACACCACCUAGACCAAAUACUCUAAGCGAAAUACUAGGUCCCAAUGCCCGUCCUCCAGUAGAUCAUAAUGAAGAAGUAGAAAGAGGAGCUAUCAUUAACAUACUCGCUGAAGAUAUCCAUAAAAGAAAUUACCGUUAUCACAAAAAAUUUUAUUCGCGACCAAAGAAUCUCAAAAUUUUUGAACCUCUUAUGGAUCCAACUGCUGACCAUUAUUCCCGUUAUGCUCCAUAUUUAAAGGACAUUUGUGAUGAUUUUGCAAAAAAACAUUUGCAUUUCCGGUACAACAUUUUAUUAGAUAGUAUUCCUCAAGACGAAUCUCUUUUUAAAGGAGAAUUGUCAAAAAAUCAACUAUUACAUUUUUUUUCUCAAAUAUUUUAUCACGUUGUACCUCAGUCACUGUUCGGCAGCCGUAGAAAUUUGAAAAAAGUUAAAGCAGCAUUGAAACCAUACUUUGAAGCAGCUAAAAUAAAAGCUUUUACUAUCCAGCCGCUUUUAAAAAAAUUAGACGUUGAAUCAGUAGAGUGGCUGUCUAAACUGAAAUCUAAAACAAGCAAAAUCCUGGUUUUGUGCCGGACAAUUAAAUGGUUCUUCUAUACAUUUAUUUGGAAUAUUAUCGACACAUAUUUUUUCAGCGAAAAUAAUAAAACCCGUAAGGAAAUGAUUUACAUUCGCCGCUGGGUGAAGGGGUCAGUUGUCCUCAACUAUGUCCGAGAACAGGAAACUAAAAAUAAUUAUCAGCCGAUAGAGAACCCAGUUCCUGAAAGACAUAACGACAUAAUACCUGUUGUUCAUUUAAUUGUGCAGUCAAAAAAAGAUGGUGUACGACCCAUACUAUCGAAUUCCAAAGCGAGUGGUAAUCAAAAGGAAAUCAGUAAAAAAGUUCAUCUUUUAUUGAAACAACUUUACUUAAAAAACAAUGAUGUCAUAAAUGUACAUACACUUCAUAAAAUCUGGAGGUCUGUAUGCGAAACCCGGAAACUCGAUAAGACCAAACAAAUAUACUUUGUUUCCUGUGAUAUUAAUGACGCUUUUGGUUCAAUUAUUCAAGACAAAUUGCUGGACAUUGUCUUUGAAUUAAUUGAUAAAUUACCAGAUAAAAUUCCUACUCAGUGGUUUGCAGUAAUUGACUCAACAAAUAUUCAAAAAAAGAGUUACAAAGAAAGAGAAUAUAUAUCUCCGGACAUUCUCCCGCCAAUUUUACCUCGAGGUACUUUGUGUUGUCGUACAACUAAGACAAAAAAACCUCGUACAAUUAUUAGUAAAAAACAUUUGAAGACAUACAUUAAAUCUGCAGUAGUACAACAGAGAAUUCUACAUGGAAACUGUAUUUUCAUUUUGAAAAAAGGAAUCGGUCAGGGUGUACCAAUGUCUGGAACACUUUGUGAUUUUUAUUACAGCGAUAUGGUGGCAAAAGAAUUUUCAAAGUUCACUGACUCUGGUCACUUACUUCGUUAUGUUGAUGACUUUUUGUAUUUAACUGAAGACAAAGAACUAGCACAGAAAUUUUUAGAAAAAAUAAAGACUGGUGUCGGAAGCUAUGGCUGUUUCUUCAAUCCAGCAAAAACCCAAUCAAAUUUAUCCCCUUACAAUAACAGUGAAUUUACUUACUUGGGAUACCAUUAUGAUCUUGAAACUUUAAAUGUUAAACCUGAGUACACAAAAUUAUCAUUAGAACAAAUCAUGUCACGUAAUCAACCUCAGAUUGGUGGAAUAGACAGCGUAUUUGUAAAGAAGAUCGCAAAUUGGGUAUCAUUAAAAUUAUCCGCGCUGGUAUUGGAUCCUUGUAUAAAUUCCAAGGAAGUGAUUAUCGAUACUUUAAAAAAUGCCGCCCGUCUAUCUGCGGAAAAGUGUUUUCUUCUUCUUCUCAACACUUAUAAUGUAGAAACUAUGACCGGAGAAUCUGCACAUAGAAUUUUUUAUGACAUAAAAAAGAAAUCUCUACAGCCUUUAUUGCAGAGAUGCAAAAUUCUCGUGACAAGACGUCACCGUAAAUUUAAAAUAAGAUUUGGAGAAUUAAAAUGUAUUUUUUGGCAUGCCUAUUUGAAGAUGUUUAGAAACAAUGAACUAGCAUACAAAAAAUUCUCUAUACUGAUAAAAAGUCAAUUCAAAUCAAAAUUAUUAAAUAAUUUAUCAGGUUAAUUUUUAUUUUAUUUUUUAUUUACUAAUUUUUAGUAAAAAU